CUCUACAUUCGACUCUGCAAUACAUGCUGACAGUCUAGAUGUUGGCUGCACUGUACUACACUCGUGCAAACUGGAACCGAACCAUUUUCAUUACAUUCGAUUGUACGUUCAGGGAAGUGUGACGUCUUAAAUUGACCUAACAUUUGUGUGCAAUGACUGUUUGUAACUGUUUGAAAAAUUAUAUUCAAUUUUAGACUAUAUUUCUUAAGUUACAUGUUAUUUUUCUUAUGUGUGGACUCGUGAGUACAAAAAUGGAUACGCAGGAGUUGAUUGAAGAACUGACACAAAUUUGCAUGAAAAUGCGCAGUCAUCUGAGUAAAUUUUCCGAACAGAAGGAUAAGAAGGCGGUAGUUCUGAAACAUAUUAAACGAUUCGAAAAGAAUGAAGCACACAUUCCUGAAUUUCCGAAAGGUUCGGAAUGGUUCAAUGUAUCGGAAGGAUUGUCAUUCACUCAACAUUUGAAAGGAAAAAUUGUGCUUUUGGACUUUUUUACAUAUUGUUGCAUUAAUUGUAUGCAUGUUUUGGCUGAAUUGGAAGAAAUUGAAAAACAAUUUUCUAUAGAGGAUGGUCUUGUUGUGAUUGGAGUGCACAGUGCAAAAUUUACAAAUGAACGUGAUUCAAAGAAUGUCUUAUCUGCUGUGCAGAGAUAUAAUAUCAGACAUCCUGUGGUAAAUGAUGUUACAUUAAGGAUGUGGAAUGAUAUGGGCAUAAUAUGUUGGCCUAGUCUUGUUAUAUUAGGACCUAAUGGCCAACCGUUAGUAGUUCUUGUUGGUGAAGAUCAUAAGGAUGAAAUUGUACUGUAUACAAAAGUAAUGUUAGCAUACUUCAAAUCCUUAAAUCAGAUAUCAAAUCAUAAUCUUCCAAUGAAACCAGCAUAUCAUCUGUUAUCAUCUCUUAAAGAUGGUCUAUUAUUUCCUGGCAAAUUAGCUAUUUUCUCCUCUGAGCAAGGAGUAAAGCUUAUUAUAUCAGACAGUGGUAACAGUAGAAUCCUGAUUACAAAUCAGCAUGGGGAAAUAGAGCAUAUUAUAGGUGGUACCAACCAAGGCUUUGAAGAUGGUGAUUUUAAAAGUGCUAAAUUCAACUCACCUCAAGGUGUUUGUAUGCUCGAUGAUGUGAUCUAUGUUGCAGAUAAUAACAAUCAUGCCAUUAGAAAAAUAAAUUUGAGUGAGAAAAGUGUAUCCACCAUAGCUGGUACUGGUUCGCAAAGCCACGAUCGUUGUGGCGGAAGAAGCGGUACUAAUCAAGAUUUGUCAUCUCCUUGGGAUGUGGCAAUAUAUUAUCACGAAUAUAAGAACACCACUGUUCCGGUCCUAUUAAUCGCCAUAGCAGGCACUCAUCAAAUUUGGGCAUUAUUUUUGAAAGAUACUAUUUGGUGGAAAGAAAAAAAAUAUAUGGCAGGCACAUGUGCCGCUAUUGUUGGAAGCGGCCGGGAAGAAAAUCGUAACAACAGUUAUCCUCAUACUGCUGGGUUGGCACAACCUUCAGGUAUUGUGGUUGUUCAAGAAUCUAAAGUUGCGUUUCUGGCGGACAGUGAAAGCAGUGCUAUUAGAUGUUUGCAUUUGGACAGUGGUCGUGUAUCCGCUGUUUGCGGUGGAGAUAAAAAUCCAGCGAAUUUACAUGCUUUUGGAGAUAUGGAUGGUAAAGAAUAUUCAGCCAAACUUCAACAUCCGUUGGGAAUAGCGUGGAAUCAUUUGGAAAAGCAGAUUUACGUAGCCGACACUUAUAAUCAUAAAAUUAAAAGUGUGGAUGUUGCGACGGGAUAUUGCAGGACAUUGUUUGGCGAUAGAAAACCUAAUAGCAUGUUCUCUUUCAACGAACCGAGUGAUCUUGCUGUUAGUCCGGACGGUAACAUUCUUUAUGUGGCCGAUACCAAUAAUCAUGCUCUCAAAGUUAUUAAUUUAAAGAGCAAAGAAAUUUCAACCAUGGUUAUUUCAUCUAGACGUGAUUCCAAUAGAAAUAUUGACAAUACAUUUAUCUUCGAUACGACGAUUAGUACACGCGGUGGCGAACUAAAUAUCUCAUUUAAUAUCGUAUUUUUAAAUGAGAUGAAAUUAAAUAUGGAUGCACCGCAAAGAUGGACUGUAUCCUUACCUGCAAAUACGGGGACGACGGACACUUUAACAGGUAGACUACCGACUCCUGUGUCGAUAAAGUUUCCCGAGGGUGAAGCAGACAAUAAAUUCAGCGUCGUGUUAAACAUAAUAGGCUGCACAACGGAUACGUGUUUACCAAUGAAGUUGUCCGUAAUGUUCAAUGUACAUCGAAGCGCGGACGUGCCAACAAUGGUGACCGAAGAGAAAGAACUUGUUAUCCAAUAAGAAUCGUGAAUUUAAUAUAUAUGGUAAAAAAGUGAAUCCAAAGGAACAUUGCGCACAUAUAUAUAUUUAUAAAUUGUUAAAUAUUGCCUUGAAAUAUACGUAUACAUUUAAUGUAUACACAUGUUUAUUGCAAAUCGUAA